UAUUGAAGUUCUUGAGACAAUGUUGUAAUGAAGGUAUCAACAACAAUCGUUAUCCAACGUAGAUUACAACUAUGACUGGAGAUGGUCAAUCCUAUUGACUUCCGCUAUAAGGAGAUCGAGGCUUUCAAUACACCCAUACAAUGGAAGCCAUACUCAGACGCAAGACGCUUGAUGUUAACUUUAGUCUGCUAGGAAGAAACCUAUGUUCCCUAGCAAAUGCUGUGCUUGAAGCACCUUCAAGACCUCAAGAAGAAGAUGAUCCUAUUGUGGUGAGCAAGAAAGAAUCCAUGUUGCCGACUUUACACCGCAUCGUUCAACAAUGUGCCAGAGAAAGGGCGGCCAUGGAAGGGAAAUCUUGCCAUGCCAUGACCAUCAAGCUCGGGUUCGGAACAGACACUUUGACUUCCAACAUGCUCAUCAAUUUGUACAGCAAGUGCAACCUCAACGAGUGCUCCCGCAAGGUGUUCGAUGAAAUGCCUGAUAGAUGCCUCAUUUCUUGGAACACCCUGAUUGCCUCAUAUACCCGGAAUCAGAACGGGGAAGGUGCUCUUAAGCUUUUUGUGGAGAUGCAAAGGGAGAGGACACAAUUUAGUGAAUUUACGGUGUCUGGUGUUCUUUGCGCGUGUGCCACUAAACUUGCUGUGUUUGAAUGUAAGCAGUUGCAUGCUUUUGUGGUCAAGGUGUCCAUGGAGUUGAAUGUGUAUGUGGCUACUGCAUUGAUGGAUGUCUAUGGCAAGAGCGGUUUGAUUGAAGAUGCUUCUCGGAUUUUCAAUUGCAUGCCUGAAAGAAAUGAGGUUACUUGGACUACAAUGGUGACGGGUUUGGUACAAAAUGAUCUCUUUGAGGAGGCUUUGUUGUUGUUUCACAGAGCUCAACAGUCUGGAUUGGAGCAUGACCAGUUCAUUGUUUCUUCAGUUCUUUCUGCUUGCUCCACUUUGCCCGCAUUUAUAGAAGGGAACCAAGUGCAUGGCAUUGUAUGGAAGAUGGGGUUUGGUGCCAAUGUGUUUGUGGCUUCUGCACUUAUAGACUUGUAUGCAAAAUGUGGAAACAUUCAAGAUGCUUACUUUGUGUUUUCAAGCGCUGAGGUGAAGAAUGUUGUGCUAUGGAAUGCAAUGAUCACAGGCCUUGCAAAACAUGUAAGGCCCUUGGAGGCUAUGAUACUAUUUGAGAAAAUGCAGCAGAUGGGAUUGUCCCCGAAUGAUGCCACUUAUGCUUCUGUACUAUCAGCAUGUGGCCACAUGGGUUUGGUCGAAGAAGGGAAAAAGUAUUUUAAAAUGAUGGCGAAAGAACAUAGUUUGUUACCAAAUAUCCGUCAUUUUUCAUGCAUGGUUGAUGUGCUCGGUAGAGCAGGCCUGAUUGAUGAGGCUAAGGAUUUAAUAGAAACAAUGCCAUUUGAAGCUAAUGCUUCCAUUUGGGGAUCAAUUUUGGCAUCAUGCAAGGUCCAUGGGAAUGUUGAGGUGGCUGAAGUUGCUGCUAGACAUCUGUUUGAGAUUGAGCCUAAUAAUGCUGGAAACUAUGUUUUGCUGUCAGACAUUUAUGCUGCCAAGAAAAGAUGGGGGGAUGUUGCAUCGACAAGGAAGCUUCUGAAAGACAGUCAGGUAAAGAAAGUGAUAGGAAAGAGUUGGAUUGAAAUCAAAGACAAGGUUCACUCAUUCAUGGUUGGGGAUAGAAGCCAUCCAAGGAUUGAGGAAAUUUACUCCAGGCUGGAGAAAUUGCUGGAGGACAUGGAGAAGCUAGGCUACAAAGGCGAGAUAGAACAUGACCUGCAUGAUGUGGAAGAGAGCAGAAAGAAGCAACUGCUAAGACACCAUAGUGAAAAGCUCGCAUUUACGUUUGGGUUAAUGUCUUUGCCUAGUGGGUUACCAAUAAGAAUUAUGAAGAACCUCAGAAUAUGUGGGGACUGCCAUUCUUUUAUGAAGUUUGCUUCUAAAAUCUCUGGGAGAGUAAUCAUCGUUAGAGAUUAUAACCGGUUUCACCAUUUUAAGGAUGGAUCAUGCUCAUGUGGAGAAUUUUGGUGAAGUGGCUUGCUCUUCAUAUGCAACUGACUCAGAAUCUGAAGAACAAGCUCACUGCUAAUGGUGGGACAACUUACAACCAAAUUUUGGGAGAUUUCUACACUAAACCACCCUCAACAGUCAACACAUUCAAAGUGGUAUGGCAACAUGUUAACUCAGAUAUAUGUUCCAUUUUUUACUGCAAGAUUGAGAAAUAUUUUCCAUAGCCAACCAAGGUGAAAUCAUUUCAAUUUUAACUCAUGUAUAUACCAAAUUAUUUCCCCUGAUAUACUGUGACUUCAGUUAAUAUAUGAUCUCAACUUCCCAAAAUAUUACUGAGUUGGCUCAUGCGUGCACUAAGACUGAAAAAGUCACAUCAACAGGUGAUUGAGAGUCACUACUCUAAAAUGACUGGAUUUCCAUAAACACAAGAAGGUUUCAAGCCAUCCCUUGAAAAGGAUUCAGAUGGCCUGUCAGGGGCAUCUCUCUGAAACUGCAAGAAGAGGUGCAUGAGAGUCGCAUGGACUUUGUCCCUGAUGAGUCAUGACUCACAUUUAUUCUCAUUGACAAAGGAAACUAUUGACUAAGGUUGAUUCAUGAGCUUCAACAGUAAGUUCAUGAAUGAGCUUUAUCAUUUAUUUAUUUAAUUUUGAGAUUGUACCCAGGUUGUGUUCAAUUUUCUGAAAUUGAGUCAGAUUCUGAACAAGUGUCUUUUGUGAAAUUAUCAUUUUUGAUCCCUCUAAUUGGAAAACUAGUUCAAUUUUGACGAGAAGGAAGUCUGAUGUUUAGCGAAUUAAGGAUUUAUGAUUUAUGUUGGUGCUUUAAAUAUUAAUUCGUAUAUUAGUAUUCAACUCAUACCUGUAUCACUCUGAUUUAAUGUCAUUGGCUCUUCAUAUUUAAUGAAAAGUUAAAUGGUUAAUGUGAUUUAGAGAGUAUUACUCAUGUUACAUGCAUUAAUCAUUGGUUAUAGAAAGAAAAUGAAAAUUUUAUAUACAGAAAAAAAUUUAAAAGUGAUGGCACAACUUAUGUAAAACUGUCUUGUUCAUUUUGCUUUCUUUUUAUUUUAUUUAAUUUAUUUUUUAUUCCCUCUCUCUCUAACAUCCUACAAGAUUUAGCUUAGUCCACCAGAUAGAAUGAUAUAUGUAAUGACAAAACUACUUUAUUAUAAAUUAUAAAAUUUGAUCAAUAAAUAGUUAGCUAAAUAUGUUCAUCAGGUUACCAGUGUGGGAGCCAUGGGGUGCCCCUCAGUUACUGCCUCCUUUUAUCUAUUAUAGGUGGGCGUAGUGUGUUGCCUGUAGAGUGUAGCCUAUUGCCAUAUUUACUUGACAAACUUGAAAUGAUGGCGUGGAAUGAUUACAGGAGCCAUAAAUGACCUGUCUUUACCUUAUUAAACUUCAACACAGUUUGUGACUUUGUGAGUACAAAUAUAUGCAGAUUACAGAGUAGUUUUAGUAAACCCUGUGGCUACUGGCUAGCUUGAGUGCUAGAAAGUAUUGCCGGCCUUUGCCUCUUCUUGGACUGGCUUCCGAAAGAGCUUGACCUACAAGUCUGCAACGUGGUUUUGUAGAAAGUUCAGUAGCUGUUCUAAUAUUCACUUCUGUAAUCACUAAAUUAUUGAACCAUGCAGACUAAUUUUGCAACAACAAAGUAGAUAUGAACCAUUUAAUCUGUUCCUAAUUCUUUGAGCUGUGUUUUUCUACAUUUUGCUAUACUGAGAUUUCUGUCCUGUUCUUUGUCACUUUUUGCAAUCUGCCUUUGGAGUUAGUGAUAUACUGAUUUUUUUUUGUUCUUUUUUUUUUUUCUUCCUACUAUAAUAAUAUCUCUCUCAUAACUACUGGUUAUUUAGAGGGACAAAGCCAUGCCUCCCAGGGACCAUCUAGAUUGAACUAUAACUAACUGGCUGGAGCAAAGAACCGUCGGGAUCCUUGUCAAUCUGUUCUGCGUACGAACUUGCUGCUGAGAAUUCCCCACCACCUGAAGCAGCUAAGUGGAACGCAAUUUGGAAGCCAAAGAUGCCCAGUCAAAUUAAGACAUUCCUAUGGUUAGCCCGACAUGAAAGAUUAAUGACCAACAAUUUGAGGGUGAAGAGAGGCCUUGCGUCUUGCGAUAAGUGUUGGCUUUGUAAUGAAGUGAGUGAGGAUAUUGACCACACCCUGCGUAAAUGCCCAGCAGCAGAUGAGGUUUGGAAAAGAAUGCUCCCGGAAUUCCACGGGAAAGCAAGGAAUUUACCAUUCCAGAGAUGGUUGGAUUGUGGAAUUGUGUACAACGGCAAUGGGCAUUGGGCAUAAACCAGUAGAUGACAACUCCCUGUUUGUGUUAACAUUGUGGUGGGUUUGGAAGUGGAGAAACGAGGCAAUCUUCACUAAAACUCUCUACCAGCUCCAAUCUAAAGUUCUGUGGAUUAAUACACAAUUGGAGCAAGUUAAAUCUGCUUUUGCUAGAUCCAGAACUUAUCAAGGUGCGGAAGCUACACCCAGAUGGGAGAGCAUAAGCUGGACCAAACCUGAGACCGGGACAGUGAAAAUAAAUUUCAACGGCACAGUUGAUAUACUUUCUAAGAAAACGGGGUGUGGAGGAGUAAUUAGAGACUCCUCGGGCAGCUGGCUCUACGGCUUCGUCAACAACAUAGGGUCCUGCUUAGAGGUAUACAAGCAGCAGUACAUAUGGACUUGAAGAAAAUAACUAUUGAAGGUGAUUCAAAGGAAAUUAUAACCGCUAUGAGAAGCAAUCCAAACCCGACUAGUAUGAUUUGCAACAUACUCAAAGCGUGCAGGCAGGAAUUAAGAUCGGUGGAGUCAUGGAAACUAGAGUUAAUUCCUCGUGAGCUCAAUGUAAUAGCUGACCAAUUAGCAAGAUCAUCAAAGCUAUAUCCCAAAGGUCUCCAUAGGCUUCCUCAGACCUCAAUCGUCGGUAGAUGUGCUGCGUUAUUUAGACUACGAUAAAAUUGGGUGCCCUUCAUGGCGCUUCAUGUAUAACUCUGGGUAACAAUCUCAGUUCUUAUGUGGGUUUCCCCCUUGAUAAAUAAAAAAUAAGAUAUUGACCUUGUUUGGCAA